UCGUGGUGAUAUAAACAAUUAUUUCAUAGUUAUUGAAUAAUUAAUCAUAUUUUUAGCGUAUAUAUAUACAUUUAAUUUUGUGGUAGUCUAAAAAUUUGAUAUUGUUUUAAAACUAGUUACAUACACAUGACACAGAAUUUAAUAUGUAGGCUCUUAAAUUAAGUAAAUUUCACUAAACAAGUAAUUGUGUUGUUUUUUAUCACAAAAUACAAAAAAUGUGUGAUCUAAUAUCUUAAUUGUUCAUUUUCGAAAAAAAUGCUGCUACUUACCUUUAAAAAGAAAUUAACAACUACCGAUAUGAAGCGUUAAACUUGGAAGUAAUUAAUGUUAGGAAACAAAAUGUCCAUAAAUUUCAAGUUUCACAAAAUUGAAAAUAAAGAAGAUAUAUUUAAUAAGUUAUUAUUAUUUGAAAAUAAAUCUAGAAAGAUUAGAAAUAUUUAUUUAAUAAAGUGUAAAGAUAUAAAAAAUAAAUCUUUUCUAAAAAAUUCCAAAGGAGAAGAUCGUGUAAUAAUUGAGGCGACGGUAAAUAAAAUAAGAAACAUUCAACGUUAUAUGAAAAUAAUGUCCUCUAAUUUUUGUCAUGUUAUUCUUAUUAACGCAAAGAACAAAAAUGGCCAAUAUUUUAGCUCAUUUGUAAAUGAUUUGAGUUCAAAAGAUCAAAUAUUCUUCUUUAAUGGUACCGUCAGUGCUCCUGUGAGUCUCAGGAGAACUAUGCCAACAAUUACAUUUCGAAAUGAAUACCUAAGUUCUGUAUAUUUGUUUAAAUAUGAUAGCCCUGAUUGGAUAAACAAAGUAACACCAACUCUAAAAUGGUUAAUGGAGCCCAAUCUUUCAACUAUCAAUGGACCAGGAAAGUAUUCGCUGUUUGGACAUAUCAUAUCAAUUAUGAAGUUCGCUGAUGAAAAUUUAAUGUUGAUACAAUUGAAGAGUCAUGAUAAGUUGAAAGUUAAUGUUCUUAAGUAUCCUCAUCGAAUACCAGAUUUUUGGAGAGUCCUAAAACAAGGUAGUGCUCUUAACGAAGAUGACGUACAUUUAAAAAAAUACGAAUGUGGUUCAAAUCGUAUAGAUAUUCUUGUCUUGAAACCUUGCUCUGAAUUUCUUAAGCUUGAAAACAAUGUUCGAGUACAUUUAAAAAAUAUUAAAUGUAAACAGUAUUGUAAUAUAAACCAUCAGCCUGUGUUCUUGUUACGCCUGAAAGGCAAAACAGAAAAUAUGCAAAUUGUUCCUAUUGAGACCGUAGCCGUCAAAUCCCUUCGACCACCUGCAUCAAAGCCAUGUUUUAAAAUACCUGAUGACCUAAACCCGACUAUUUCUAAAGCUAGUGGUAGUCAACAAAAUAAUAAAUUAAAUAUCACUAAAGCAUUCGUACGACGACUUCUAGAAGAUUCGCCCCCACCUUCAAAUUCAAAUUAUCCUUCUUCAAGUUCUUCUUCUUCAUCGUCGAGCUCGUUUUUAAGUUAUGGGUCUAUUAAUGAAGAUAAACUUAUGUCUCGGAAUUCAAUUCAACAAAGUGAAGAAAAUUUAAAUGUUUGUGUUGAUUUAAUAAAUCAGUCGCCAAUAAUGAUUUCAGAUGACAGCGAUGACACAGUUAUAUUAAAUGAUUCAGAUUGUGCUUCGCCUUCUGUAAUUAGAAUUGCUGAUAUUUCGGUUGAAAGUAUUAGUAGUGCCAUAACAAUAAGUUCUGAUGAUGAUGAAGAUAAUAAUGUAACCCCAUUACUCAACAAAACUACUAAUAAACGUACUAGAAAUCAAAUUUAUAUCAAUGCUGAAAUUAUACCAACGUUUACAAUAAACGAUGAUGACCUACAUGACACACCACAACCAAUAAGUAAUCAAAAUUACAAGUCCAUAGGCCCAUGUCGACUUGUUUUGGUGGAUCCGUAUGUGUUUGAUGGAGAGACAACAGAUAUAGUAUCGGGUUAUUGCACAAAAUGUAAAUCUUUCAAAAAACUUUCAUCGUUAUUAAUUUUAAGUAAAAACAAUAAAGACAAGAUUUAUAUGUGCUCUGAUUGUGAAACAUUAUUAUGUUUAACUUUUUAUUUCAAGAUGACUUUCUUGUUUGGUCAAAACGGAGAUGAGGCAAUAGAAGUACAUUGUUAUGAUAACGGAGCUGAAAUUGUAUUGAAAAAAAUUGUUUCAGAUAGCAUAACGGUUGAAAAUUAUUUAUCUUCUAUUUCCAAAUACAAUAAAGAAAUAGCUUCAGCCUUUAAAAAAAUUAUUAUUGAUAAAACUAAGUUUGAGGUUCAAGUAAAAUAUUCUGAGGACGAUAAUACUGCAUUGUUAUUUUCUUUUGAUUAUUAAAUAUCCAAAGAAAGCUAUAUAACAUUGUACCUAAUUUAGUUUUUAUUUAUCUUUGUUUGUUUAUCUUUAUAUUUGUUAUUUUAUAUUAGUGACUGAAUUCUUAGAAAAAUAAAAAAAAUCUAUCUCAUUUGAAG